UCUGAGUUCAUUCACAAUAGUUAGCCAACUCCGUUGUCUGCGAAAUUAACUAACAGAGCAAUUCAAUCCCUUUCCGCUCCACUUUUCUCUCCCCGCCAUGUCUUUCCUACGUCAAACAACCCGCUCCUCUCCAAUUCUUCCCCAAAUCAACGAAGCCCUAGCUUUCUUCCGUUUUGGGAAUCCAAAUUUCCACAGCAUUUUCACAAGAAUUUCACCAUAUCUGGCUCCGUUUUGUGAAAAAUGCGUAUACGGGAAGAAGGGAGCUUAAACGAACAUCACAAUGCACCUUCUUGGGGCUUUAUUUCCAUUCUGGUCUUCAUUUUGGUUUCUCAGGUGGAGAUUCAGGUGGCCCAUGCCGGCCCUGACACGGGCAAUCCGGCUGCCGUGCAGCUCUUCGCCCAGGCCGUCUAUAAUAAAUUUAAGAAUUUCAACUCCCUGUUUGACGAUAGCGUCGCAAAAAAAUUGCGUUAUUGCGUCAACAAUGUGGAUGCUGAUUGGAAAGCAGCAUUUGAUUUUUCGAAGGACACUGAGUUUCUUUCCAAUUGCGUUAAACAGACAAAAGGGGAUAUUAUGCAGCGCUUGUGUACAGCUUCAGAAAUAAAAUUUUAUGCAUCAAGCAUAGUUCUUGGCACACUGGAAAACAGUGGGUCUGGCAGUAGUAACUAUGUGAAACCAAACAAGAACUGUAAUUUAACAUCAUGGGCUUCUGGUUGUGAGCCAGGUUGGGCUUGUAGUGUUGGAAAAGAUGUGCAAGUUGACCUUAAAACAGCAAAGGAAAUGCCCGUCAGAACUCUUGAAUGUCAACCUUGUUGUGAAGGGUUCUUUUGUCCUCAUGGUCUGACCUGCAUGAUACCAUGUCCAUUGGGCUCCUAUUGCCCUGUUGCAACUCUGAAUAAAACGACGGGUGUAUGUGAUCCGUACAGUUAUCAACUGCCUACGGGAGAGACAAAUCAUACAUGUGGUGGAGCAGAUGUCUGGGUUAAUUUUGUGAGUUCUGCCGAUCUAUUUUGUUCAGCGGGAUUUUAUUGUCCAAGUACUACCAAGAAAAAUCCUUGCAGUCGUGGCCAUUACUGCAGAGCUGGCUCAACAGAGCAAACGAAAUGUUACGAAUUGGCUACUUGUGAACCUCAAACUGCCAAUCAAAAUAUUACAGCAUAUGGCCUACUCUUUUUUGCUGGAAUCAUACUUGUGCUUCUCAUCAUAUACAAUUGGUCUGAUCAAGUACUGAGCACUAGAGAGAAAAAACAAGCUCAGUCCAGGGAAGCAGCAGCAAGAAGUGCACGUGAAACAGCACAAGCACGUGAAAAAUGGAAAUCUGCAAAGGAUGUUGCUAAAAAACAUGCAAGUGGACUUCAGUCGUCUUUAUCACGAACAUUUUCUCGAAAAAAGUCCUCAGUGACAGAACAGAGCGGUGGAAAGGAUGCUGCCUUGCCACCUAUGCCCUCUGGUAUGUCUCAAGCAAAAGCUAAGAAGCAAAGCAAUCUCACAAAAAUGAUGCGUGAACUUGAAGAGAACCCUGAUGGUCAUGAGGGUUUUAAUGUGGAGAUAGGUGAUAAAAAUUUAAAGAAGCAUAAGACUAAGCAAUUGCAUACUCGCAGCCAAAUCUUUAGAUAUGCAUAUGGUGAAAUUGAGAAAGAAAAGGCACUACAGGAGCAGAACAAGAAUAUGACCUUUUCUGGUGUCAUUUCAAUGGCUAGCGAGUUUGAAACUGUGGGUAGACCUCCCAUUGAGGUUGUUUUCAAAGACUUGACACUUACUUUAAAGGGUAAAAAGAAACAUUUGUUGAGGUGUGUGUCGGGCAAGUUGUCGCCCGGUCGUGUUUCUGCUGUCAUGGGUCCUUCAGGGGCUGGCAAGACAACAUUUUUAUCUGCUUUGACCGGAAAAGCUACAGGUUGUACCAUGAGUGGUUUGAUUCUUAUAAAUGGAAAGGCUGAAAGUAUGCAGUCAUACAAGAAAAUAAUUGGCUUUGUCCCUCAAGAUGAUAUAGUGCAUGGUAACUUGACAGUAGAAGAAAAUCUCUGGUUUAGUGCAAGAUGCAGAUUGCCAGCAGAUCUUGCAAAACCAGAAAAGGUUUUAGUUGUUGAGAGAGUGAUAGAAGCCCUUGGAUUGCAGAAUGUAAGAGAUUCUAUUGUGGGAACGGUGGAGAAGCGAGGCAUAUCUGGGGGCCAGAGGAAGCGAGUUAAUGUGGGGUUGGAAAUGGUUAUGGAGCCAUCUUUAUUGAUUUUAGAUGAACCAACUACUGGCUUGGACAGCUCUUCUUCUCAGUUGUUACUUAGAGCACUUCGCCGAGAAGCUCUUGAAGGAGUAAAUAUAUGCAUGGUCCUUCACCAACCGAGCUACACACUGUUCAGGAUGUUUGAUGAUUUUAUACUUCUAGCAAAGGGCGGUCUAACUGUAUAUCAUGGACCAGUGAAGAAAGUUGAGGAAUACUUUGCAGGACUUGGUAUCCAUGUCCCUGAACGUGUUAAUCCUCCGGAUUACUUCAUUGACAUUUUAGAGGGAAUAGUGAAGCUAAGUCCAAGCAUAGGAGUGAACUACAAAGAGCUUCCUCUCAGAUGGAUGCUUCAUAAUGGCUAUCCCGUACCACCAGAGAUGUUGGAUUCUGCUGGAAUGGCAGCUUCGGUCGGAGAAAAUUCAGCUCAUGGAGGAAAUCCUGCUGCUGCAGGACCAGAUGGAACAUUUGCAGGGGAUCUGUGGCAGGACAUGAAAUCCAAUGUUGAACAGAAAAAGGACCAAAUGCAGCAUAAUUUUUUAAGCUCAAAGGAUUUGUCCAAUCGGGUCACACCGGGUUUGAUAAUGCAGCUUAAAUAUUUUCUUGGAAGGAUCGGUAAGCAGAGAUUGCGAGACGCUAGAAUACAGGCAGUAGAUUAUCUUAUCCUCUUACUUGCUGGGAUCUGUUUAGGAACACUUGCUAAAGUGAGUGAUGAAACUUUUGGGUCCUUGGGAUAUCUUUAUACUGUCAUUGCUGUCUCCUUGCUCAGUAAGAUUGCAGCAUUGAGAUCAUUUUCUCAGGACAAAGUUUACUACUGGAGAGAGAGUGGGUCUGGCAUGAGCAGCUUGGCUUAUUUUCUAGCGAAGGAUACAAUUGACCAUUUCAAUACAAUUGUAAAGCCAGCAGUGUAUCUAUCAAUGUUCUACUUCUUCAACAAUCCUAGAUCCACCAUCCUGGAUAACUAUGUUGUCCUGAUCUGUCUCAUAUAUUGUGUGACUGGAAUAGCUUAUGCACUUGCCAUUUAUUUGACCCCUGGUCAAGCCCAACUGUGGUCGGUUUUGCUUCCAGUAGUGUUGACUCUUGUAGCAAACCAGGAUGGAGAUGCAUUUGUGAUGAGAUUAGGGGAUUUUUGCUACACCAAGUGGGCUUUAGAAUCAUUUUUGAUAGCAAAUGCUAAAAGGUACUACGGAGUGUGGCUGAUCACAAGGUGUAACUCCUUAAAACAAAGAGGUUAUGGUCUUGAAGAUUGGUAUCCUUGUUUAGUAUACCUCAUCCUUACCGGCAUAGCCAGCCGUGGCUUAGCCUUCUUCUGUUUGAUCACCUUCCAGAAAAAAUAAAUCUUUGUCGCUGUAUGUAUCUUGCUUGGGUGGUUCAGUUAUCCUCAGCGUCAGUAUGCAAGAAUGGACUAAUAGUGGCUGACUGCCCAGAGUGGUUUGCUCUGUGAACAUGUUAAAUCAGCAAAAAUGAACUGUGGAUGGAAACAGACAUGAACGUUCACAUUAAUGUGGAGAUGUAGGAAUCUUAGUGUCGGGACACCAGAGAACUUGGUGAAGCCCGAGACACAUACACGAUACACCAUCAAGUUAGAUCUACAGAACUCUGAACUUUGUUGUACAUUUGUGGCUAUUAGUCUGUUGUGUUUUUGUAACUAAAGUAAUCAGACCUAGAAGAUUAGCAAGUACUACCGAGGUUAGUAGGGUCAAGCGCUGCUGUAGAAGUCCAUAUUAUUUGAUUCGCAUGGCAGUAUCAAAUGUACUAUGUAUAUUUGGAAGUUGCAAUCUUGUCGCUUAGAUUGUAAUGAUAAAAUAUUAUUUUCAUGUUGCGGGAU